AUGGCGCGCAAUCAGGAGAAGGCGCAGUCGAUGCUCAACCGCUUCCUUGCCGGCAAGGAGGCAGAAAAGCGUGGGCCAAAGCAGCGGCGGCCAUAUUUAGCCAGCGAGGUGACAGACCUGAAUGAGGCGGACAAAUGGCGGCAGCAGAUCCUGCGAGAAAUCGGGAAGAAGGUCAUGGAAAUCCAGAACACAGGGCUGGGGGAGCACAGGAUCCGUGAUCUGAAUGAUGAGAUCAACAAGUUGAUCCGCGAGAAGGGGCACUGGGAGAAGCGCAUCGUGCAGCUGGGGGGACCUGACUACGCCAAAACCGCUCCCAAGAUCACCGACUCAGAGGGCAACGCUGUCGAGGGCGCCUCUGGCGGGCGCGGCGGCGGGUACCGCUACUUUGGCGCGGCCAAGGCCCUUCCCGGCGUCAAGGAGCUGUUUGAGAAGGAGGCGCCCAAAAUUGUCAGGAAGACGCGGUUCCAGAUGCACAAGAGCAUUACGCCGGACUACUACGGAUUCAGAGACGAGGAGGACGGGGUGCUGGUCAAGGUGGAGGCGGUCGCGGAGAGGGCCAUCCAGGCGCAGAAGCUCCGGGAAUGGGAGGCGCGGGAGGCGGAGCGCGACGCUGCCCUGGCGGGCACGGCUGCCGGCGGCUCAGGCGUGGGCGUGGGCGCAGGCGCCAAGCAGCAGCGCAAGGGGCAGCUUGCAGGCGGCGGCGGCGGCGGAGGCGGCCUGGGUGGCGGAGGAGGGGCAGAAGAGGACGGCGGGACUCAGUUUGUGGCGUACGUCCCGUUGCCAGACCAGGCAGCAAUCGAGCAGCGGAUCCUAGAGAAGAAGAAGCAGGACCUUCUUGCCAAGUACACCAGCGAUUCGCUGCUGCAUCAACAGGAGGAGGCGCGAGCGCUGCUGAACAAGCGGUGA